AUGCAACAGGGUAGAAUUUACAAAUCUCUGUCAGGAAAGAUUCUGAAGAGCAAUUUUACAGAUCUACGAAUAGGUACAAGACUAAAUGAAGGUUAUGGUCUAGCAUGUUCUACAAACUUUUUAGCAUUUGCAAAUGAUGGGGGUGGAGGAUGUGGUACAGUAUUAUCAAUUGAAUCAGCUGGAAUCCGUAAGCCACCAAUUAUGAUUAUUUCUGGUCAUAAUGCAGGGAUUACAAACAUAUCAUUUUCUCCCUUCUAUAAUAAUAUAUUAGCUACAUCAUCAGAUGAUAAGACAGUUAAGAUUUGGAGUCUACCAACAAGUGGUGAGUACUAUGAUAUUCUAAAUCAAAACUUUAUGGAAUCGCAGAAUAUAAAUAGGAAUGAAUAUAUUUUAAAUAUAACAUCACCUGUCAGUACAUUAUCUGGACAUGAAAAAAGAGUUUAUUUUUGUGAAUUUAAUCAUUGUGCAGAUAAUAUUUUGGCUACUGCUUCUUUAGAUAAUAAGAUAGUUAUAUGGGAUAUGAACAAAGAAUCUGAGGUAUUUUCAAUUUCAAAUAUUAAUUGUCCAUGCUAUGAUUUAAAAUGGAAUUACCUUGGUACACUUUUAGUGACAAUGAAUAAAGACAAGAAAACUAGAAUUUUAGAUCCUAGAUCAGAAUCUGUAGUUUCUUCAUUUAUUACUCAUGAUGGAACUAGAAUAGGUAAAUGUGUUUGGCUAGAAGGCCCUGGUAAUAACAGUAACAAAAACAAAAUAUUAACUACUGGUUUUAGUCGAACUGGAAUGAGAUCGAUUAAACUUUGGGAUAUUAGAUCUCUCUCUAAUUGUUUAACAAACAUAGAGCUUGAUAUUAUAUCUAGUACUUUGUAUCCAUAUUACCAAAACGAAUUUAGACUUUUAAGUAUAUUUGGUAAGGGAGAUGGAAAUAUUAGACUUUAUGAAUUUAAUAAUGAAAGUGAUCAUUUGAAUUUAGUAGAAGAAUUUAGUACUACACAAGCUCAAAGAGGUUGCUGUUUUUUACCUAGUAGAGCUCUUAGUAUUGACAAAUCUGAAGCUUUGAGAAUUUAUAAGAGUAUUGGUACGGAUACAAUAGAUGUGAUAAGUUUCUCAAUGAAUAGAAAAACUCAUGCUUAUAAUAAGGAGUUAUUUCCGGAUUGUUUUGCUGGUAAACCAUCUUUAUCAGCUGAAGAAUGGAUUAAUGGUUCAUCCAAGUCACCAAUUCUAAUUUCAUUAAAUCCAAAUUCUUUAAAUAGUCAGUAUUCACCAAAAAGUUCACUAGAUUUUAGUCCUAAUAAACAAUUAUCAACAAGUAAAACAAAAAGUAUUAUAUCAGGUAAAGAUCUUAAUUCUGAUUUAGAGAAAAAUUCUAAAACUUCAAUGCAAAGAGAUAAUAUUUCAUUUGAGAAAAAAACUGAUGAAGGACUAGAAAAGCGUGUAUCUAAAUCAAGUAUUUUAUCAAAAUUAUCUAGUGUUAUGCCUUUUGGUAGAAAGUCAUCUUUAGUAAAUAUUACAUCUAAACGUUCUAUAUACUCAUCUAAUGAUUUGAAUAAUGAAGAAACUAAGGAUAGUUUACAAAGUUAUCCAGAUAUGGUAUCAAGAUCUCAAGGAUCAAAUAUUAACUCUUCUGAAGAUGUUAAUGUAACUCCCACUUCUAAUAUUGAUAAUAAUACUAUAAACAAUUUUGAAAUGAAUAAAGAUCUAUUUGUAUCAAGUACACACUAUAGCUGUUAUCCUAUCUUUAAUAAACCACAAGUUAAUUAUGGGGAUAUUUUAGAUUAUAGGGCAGAUAUUUCUAGGACAACAUCAUAUAUAGAUAAUGGUUGUAUGUUAACUCAUGCUGAAUAUGAUAAACCAAGGUUUCCAGAUAUUUCAAUUAAAAAUAAUCUUUCUUUAACAUCAUACUGUAUAGAUACUACCUCAAAUAAAUCUGAUUAUUCAAAGCUUGUAAAUGAAAUAAAAGAUUUCGAAGUUUCUAAAAUAUUAACUAAGAAUUUGGGUAAAGAAAGUACUAUAUGUGGUAGUAAUUUAUGUGGUGCAACAAAUAGUGUAUUUGCUCCUAUUGAUGAAAGUUUUGAAUUUGGAAAUGAAGUAAUAUCUCUAAUUGAUACUAAAAAACAACUAGUUAGUGAUGAAACUAAUUUAGAAUUUAAUGAAGACAAUACUGAUAUUGAAUUGAAAAAAGAUCAGCUUAAUAUGCAAAAUCCAAACCAAAUUAUAUUAAAUAUUACUUCCAUGUUAAAAUUAGAUCUUGAAAAUGUAAAUAAAAGAUUAACACAACUAGAUAAUUCCUUAAAACUUCUAAAUGAUAAUUCUAAGCAGUAUGAAAAUAAACAGGAGAAUGAUAUAAAUUAUAUUGAGGAAUUACAACAUCUAAAAGAACAACUAGCUAAACUUAAUAUUCAAUAUUAUGAUUUAAGUGUUGCAUAUAAGCAACAGACUGCUUUAUUUGGAUUAUACAAGGAAUUUUAUGCAGAAUUGGAAGAUAUUCUAGCCGAAUCAUUUAAUUCUAUGAGGGCUACCGCAGCUGAAAGAUAA